AUGAGUCAAACCGGGACGGCAAAGGAUAAAUGGGCCCAACGCGGCUGGAGGACGGAGCAGAAGUAUUCAAACAAAGUGCUGUUAGGCAACUGGGCGGAAGAAAGACUUCAGUUCACUCGGGAGCCACAGGCAGCCAGCGGUCGCGUAGACCACCGGCCUUACUGGGACUUCCAGCCGGACGUCUCCGAGAGAGGAUCUGCCCCGCUGAGAGCUGAGGGGCUUCCAUCCAAGCUGCUAUUUGGCCACAAUGGCCCGCCGUCCUCUCAUCACUUGGUCACUCACUACGAGGAGAGCUACCAGCGUGAGCACACCGACGCCCGGCCCCGGCCUCCAAACAGCUCGACGCGGCGGCUCGGGUGGUCCGAACGGCCAAUUUCUGCUCUUACAACCAGCGGCGCUGGCCCGCCGCAGUCCGCGAGGCGCCCGCGUUUGGAGAAGCAGCCGUCGCUCCUCCCGUCGCUGACGGUGUACCGGUCAGCGUACCAGAGGCACCCGCUCAGCGGCUUCUGCCAGAGCCGCUUUGCCAGGGCGCCACGCGCGCUCUCCAGCCACCUCCACGCAGCCAAUCACAUCAACAGGGACCUGGAUCUGAGGGGCCGCUCGCUGCUACAAGUCCCAGAUCAUUGUUGGAGUCCACUUCCACGCUCGCGACAGGCCUAG